ACAUUUACACACUGAUUGAGUUCAGAAAGAGUUGCAGGCUUUCUGAGAGUUCUGGGAUGUGGCACUGUCGGAACUUAGAGCCCGCCUCCAAGCUGACAUAUCACAAGGGUGAUUUAUACUUAUAACUGUAACUCUAUUGUCAACUACUUUAACCAAAUCCUUCUUAUUAUACUAUAAUCAAAAUUGUCGAAGUAGUGAGAAAACUCCUCAGACCUGGAUGAGCAAAACUUCUUUAUUGUGGAUAAUUAGUCAUCCAUUCCAUUGAGCUCAACGAAAACAAAAGCCACUACGUCAAAAAAGAACAGAUGAAAAAUCCAAAAGGAGCAAUCACUUGUCACCAAAAACUUCUCUCUUGCAAAACAAAAGUUAAAGUAUCAAAAGAAAUGAAGGAGCUGUAGCAUCCAAAAAUGGUUUUCACCGUCCAAGCUACCCCACGAAAAACACUCUGAACUUCCCCUCCAAAUUUCCCUCAAUAUAUACUCUAGCGCUUCUAUGCGCCUCCUAUUUUUGAUCCCUCCUACUCUCAGACAAGUUCCCAUUAUGUUUCAAGUUGCUCUCUAGGGCUUCGCCUAAUCAUUUACAUGUUUCUUCCAAAAUCCCCUUAUUUCCCCGAAUUACCUCAUACGCCCCUUCAGUGGCUUCAUAUCCUGCCUUUCUGAAUUCCCCUUAUUUUCCAGAAUCAUCACCUGACCCUUACUCAUAUGCCCUUAUAUGGAUUUUCCCCCUUUCUCGAUUUCCUAUUAUUUUCAGCAGUUUUCGUCAUUGUAUUAAAAAAAUAUGCUCAAGAGAGCUCUACUUCCUUGUUGUUAUCACAUUUGUCACUCAGCCUUUACUUCGUGGACUUAUCUUCUCCUCAGCUACAAUGAGUUCUCAGCCUCAGGGUCAGCCAAUUCGUCCUGGUCACACCAUCUGGAUUUCCCGGUCUACUCCCUAUAGGCGGCCAGUUCCUGCUGAGGUCAUGGCCAGUUAUCGCCGUUAUCAUCUGCGUCAUCUUUCUCAGGAGUUCUGCUCUUUCCUGGAGCGCCUGUCCUCCCCUACACUCCCAGAUCAUCCUCUCUUGCCUUUUAACAUUGUGCAGACGUCUUUGACUCGCUCUUCUUCUACUCAAGCACCUCUGCCCCCUAUCCUGGUGGAUCAACGGACAGAAACAGAUGGUUGUCCUCAUGCUGAACCCUGUUGCCCUAGGCUGACAACUCCUGCCUCUCCUCCAAGUAUCUCUUCUCCUCCCAUUGCCUAUAUUCGUCCCCUGGCAGCUCCUACCUCUUCUCCUCGUGUCUCAUCUCCUCAUUUUGGCUACAUUCCCUCUCUUUCUCCUAGUUUGGCUUCUUCUCCCUCUAACUCUGAGCCUGGUUCCCCAGGCUUUGUUCCCUCUUCCCCUUCUCCUAGGCCUGGAUCCCCAGACUAUACUCCCACUUCUCCCAGGCCUGAUAGCUCUGUUUGUUUGCAAUAAACUUCACUUCCUCUUUUAUACAUCUUCUGAGUCCUGUGUGGUUUAUUUGCAUUAAUCAACUACUUAUUCUUAUUAUGACAUCUGGGCUCUAUACCCAUAUAUCCUAUGAUAUCAAUCAUAAUAAGUCCUUAAAUAUCCUCCCUUGGGGCACUCCCUAAUACAUCAUAGAAUCGUCACAACAUCACUCCCCCCUUUGAGACUGUCAAGUCUCAACAAAACCUAUGUCCCAGUGAGAUUGUCACCUAACCAAAACAUAAACCAUAAACAUUAAACAUAAGGAAAAACAAGAACAUAAAGGGAAAACAUCAAAAGCAACACCACAAGAACCAAAACAGCAAACAGCAACAACAUCACUCAAAACCAAAAUAACAGGAACAACAUCACUCCCCCCCAACCAUGCCCAAAACAGCAUACAGUCCCAAGCUCAUUCUCAAAAGGGUGAACCAGGAGUGAGCGAAAAACCCCCGGGAGUCCAAUACGAGAGAAAAUUCUCACUCUACCCGCUCAUGGCACGACAGUGAAUUUUGUACCACCAGGAACACCGCUAACGCAGUAAGCAAACAGAAAUGUCUAAGCAUGUCAGCAAGCUGUCCAUGUGUACGAUCAGAAGUAAUGUCUCUUUUACCACCACCAAUGAUGAUUGCGAUGCACUGACUGGAUCCACAGGGGUAUCGGAAUCCUUACGCGUCGGCCCUCACGUAGGGCCGCCCAAAUGUCUCGGAAGCGUUCGGCACAACAGUCAUCCUUGGCCGUGUCCGCCACCGCGUCCGAGGAGUCCCCCCUUCGCGACGUGGGCCCCCCCAUGAGUACAUGAAUCUGGGCGUUCCGAUCGUGUCCGGAAACCCAUGCCGCACAGCCGCAGUGUGGGACGUCCAGAAUUGAUAUCCACAAAAGAGCAGCGUACAAUACUGGCAUGUGGUAGUCUGUAUGACGUGCGGGGAGAAAAUAUAAGCGUGUUUACGACCGCGCCCAUAUGUUGAGGCAACACAAAAGGACCGGCGUACUACAUAGCUGUGUACUUGUACUUGGAGUCCUCUCUGAAGAUCGUACUGAUCCAUGUGAUAGGCUUGGAUCCAUAACCCUUCUGGGAGAAACAGAUCUGCAUUGUCCAGGAUGAGUGGCACAGGGCGCGAGUCCUCCAGCAGGGUGUACCAUAUGUCAGGCGUCGGCGGUGGAGGGUAUGUUAGCCAUGUGCGACGUGGUGCGUCACCCAGAUCGAAGUCCUCCCAUAUGUAAUCAGACAUAUCAAUGGCCACGCGCAGUUGGAGCCAUGUGCAGCAGCAGUCGUGGGGUGCGGUGUUAUCGACCCGACAUGCGAUGCCUCUAGGGGUGAGCUCCAGGCGCCCACAUGUCCAAGGACGUCGGACUGGGGCUCGUCUGGAAGGCAAGUGCAGCAUGGCCCUGCACACAACACAUACAGAAAGACGCACACACGCACAAAACAGACAAUGUACACAAACAAAACAGGACCAAUGGCCCCCAGUAAUUUCAGGUGCAAACAUAUAUACAUGUAAAGUUGUAAUUGCCCUCUGGUCAGUAGAAGACUAUGAGCGUCCGACUA